AUGUCCACAUUCAAUGCGGACCUCCUCAAGGGCUUCCAAUGCACCUAUACCUCGAGUUCCCCUCCUCGUCCGUCCCACACGAUCGUGUCCACGCAGAUGAUCCAUAUGCCUGUUGGCGAUGUCAAACUGGAAUUGGGUCCCCCUGUCGAAUCUCAACCUUCAACAAAAGGAGCAAAAAUGGUCAAGCACAACAACCAGCUCCCGAAGAACCACUUCCGCAAGGACUGGGACAGGCGGGUCAAGACCUGGUUCGACCAGCCUGCCAAGAAGAAGUCGCGCCGCGUCGCCCGCUCGAAGAAGGCUCUUGCGUCGGGUGCUGCUCCUCUCCAGCGCCUUCGCCCGGCCGUCCGCUGCCAGACUCAGCGCUACAACAUGCGCAUCCGUGAGGGCCGUGGCUUCACUCUCUCUGAGCUCAAGCUCGCCGGCAUCCGCAAGAAGGAGGCUCUCGGCCUCGGCAUUGCCGUCGACCACCGCCGCCGCUCCAAGUCGGAGGAGGGCCAGACUCUUAACGUUGACCGCCUCAAGGCCUACCGCAGCCGCCUCGUCGUCUUCCCCCGCGUCCAGGGCAAGCCCAAGGCCGGCGAUGCUACUGGCGAGGACCUCCAGGCGCACAUCACCCGCGACCUCCCCGCCCUCCCCUCGACCUACGUCGCUGAGAAGCCCCGUGCCAUCACCGCCGAGGAGAAGGAGUUCGGUGCCUACGCCGCUCUCCGCAAGGCCCGCUCUGACGCCCGUCACGUCGGCCAGCGCGCCAAGCGCGCUGCCGAGAAGAAGGCCAAGGAGGAGGAGGCCAAGAAGUAA